AUGGAGAUUGACAUGGACGCAAUCAAACUUAAGAGUAAGCCUGCGCCAUUCUUCCGAAUAGAAUACUUGAGUAAGGUGAAUGUCACCAAUCAGAUAGAAGCGGACCCAUACGCACAAACAGAGCGAUCAACUACCAGCACUUCUACUAACCAGUCCACAACGAAACCUCCGCCAUCAACCACGACAUUCCCAGCCACCAACCCGCCACCCAAGAAGACUGCAACCACAGCGACGACCCCAAGGCCUACAAUUACACCACCUGCCGUGACCAAGCCGCCUGUGGUUAUACCAUCUUACGUGCAGAGCAUCUCUAAGGCAAAAUCACUGGAUCCCAUUGAACUUCACAUAACAACCAUAACCACACCUACUACUACCCCGGCGACACAACCGAAGGUAACAACAACCCCUGUUCGCACUACAACCGUACGUUUAUUUUGCACAUCACGGGCUGAAGAGAUGACAUACUCGAGCGUUCUUGACGCUUAUGAGGCUACUGUUUCUCCACUGAUGUUGAUGGAUAACGUAUCGAAUACUGUCUCUCCGAUGACAGUCGAAAGAAUCGCACGAGGAAAGACGAUUUUGCAAAAGUUGAAAUCACAUAUAUUUGGCCCUGAUGAAGAAGUGCACGAGUCAGAUCUGAUCUGUAACUGUAAUGGUGCUUUAUGCGAUAACAAAUUGGUUCAUCUUCUUGGAGAAUCUUACAAGGGUAAAUGCAGAGCAAAGCGUGGUCGCUGUUUCAAGGUCUACGAUGAAGAGCAUGAUAACCAUAUGUCUAUGGGUUGGCGGUCUUUGGCGCUGCUGCUCUGGCCCUGCUCCGGAAUCAAAGAAUAG